UUUAUUCUUCUUGCAAAACAAAACCCGAAUCUAUUUAAUCCAACUGUCUCGUAAAAAGGUAAAAAAGGCGCGAAGUUCUUAUAAAUAUUAUUUAUUCAAUUCGUUAAGAAGAAAUAAAUUAAAAUUAUGGAUAUUCCAAAUAAAGAUAUAUAUUAUAUAUUAAAAAUUUUACCCAAGGAAUUUAUCUAAAGUUUUAUGUCCCCUAUACCAUUUUAAUUGUAUUAACUAUACCUUUAUAGGAAUACAUAGAAAAAAAGAAAAGAAAAAACCUAGUAGAAGUACCUACUAAAAGAAAGAUAUAAAAAUUUAAUUGCAUUAUUAAGAAAAUCACGCAAAAUGAGAAAUUUCAAUAACACGAGCAACAACACUUGUCAGAGUGGACACUCUGCACAUUUAGAGAGGAGUUUCGUUUCUUCAUCAGAGGAUGACGCAAAGAAUACUAUGAAAGGAAAGAGCAAAUUCUUCAGCUUUACCAGAAUUUGUACCUUUUCCCUUCUCGUGUUGAUGUCUAAGUGCUACGAAAAUGGCAACUCGAACAGUUCCGUUUGCACGUUCAACGGUUUUAAGAAUGGUGCAGGUUUAAAGUCCCUCAGAAUGUUAGGAUCUGCAGAAUCCAAAGAAGACCAGCUUGAAGGUGCUUCAGUAGAAAAUGAAUACGAAGAGGGUACUAAAGUGGAAGAGGAAACAGAAAAUUGCCCAGGAGAGAAAAAUUGUGAAGCAUCAGAUGAAUCAUCAUCGUCAGACAGUAAUGCAAAUGACAAGACUUGCCAAACUAACUGUGGAGCUUGCACAUGUGGUUUUAAAACCUUAGAUUUAUAUUUUGAAAAGAAAUUAUUGGAUAUUUUAGACGCGGGAAACAAGAAGGCUGAAAAAAUUGUGGACGCCAGCACUCACGUUUUUAGUGGAUUAAAGAACUACCUUAAAUAUGUUCUUCUUUUCUCACCACUUUUACUUGAAUUAUUAGCAGGCAAACUUUUAUUAGCAGGAUAUUAUAAGUCAUCUCAAUUUGUAUCUAGUGUGUGUGUUAGCUUUUACCUGUACGUUUUUUACAAAAUUAUACAGCAUUGCGCUUUGGAAAGAGGAGAUGGUUAUCUAGCUUAUGAGAAUUACUCUUCUCGUAGAUCUCCCUUCCGCUGGGGAUACAGUGGAAGGUACUGUGUACCCCCUUGCACUGGUGAUGUGUGCCCUCGUAGCAGCGCAGAAAGCCACUGCAACAAGGGGAAUGGUUCCUGCAGCAAAAAAGAAGACUCAGAAUGCACGAAUAAAGAGUCUAAGUCAAGUGAUUAA